CCUCGCAAAUCGCGAUCUUCCCCUUCCUUCUAGUCCGGGUCGCCCGCUCCUCGACCCGGCUAGAGAGGCCGGGGCCGUCGAAGGUCCGGAUCCGAGAGAACCCGAUGAGCAUGGAGGCGGCGGGCGGCGCCGCGGAGGAGCGGUGGGCGUCGCUGUGCAACUGUGUGGUCAACUUCCUGCUGGAGGAGAAGUACCACCUCACGGCGCUCGAGCUGCUGCAGGAGCUGCAGGAGGACGGCCGACACGCGCAGGCACUCCGCCUCCGCUCCUUCUUCUCCGACCCUGCCUUCUUCCCGCCUGACCUGGUCGCCCGCGCCUCCUCCGCACCUCCCGGUGCCGAUCCACAGAGUUUGCUAGAAGAGAAAAUAGCAGCAGAAGAAAAGUUGGCACUCGCUGAGUAUGAUCUCCGACUAGCCAAGGAAGACCUUUCAUGCUUGAAGCUUGAGUUACAAAAGCAACAACAAUCAUCACCUGAUGACACAAAUGGGCCUCUUCCCGAUGCUUCUACAAAUGAAGGGUUUAACCAACAUGAUAAACGAGAUGUCAAAAUUUCAGCAUUAGGUCCUGUGAAAGAUAAUGAGCGGAAAGAUCUGAACUGUGCUGUAAAGGAAUAUCUGCUUUUGGCUGGGUAUCGACUUGCAGCCAUGACUUUCAUUGAGGAGGUUCCUGAUCAAGACCUUGAUGUUUGGACUAACAGUUCAGCUUGUGUGCCUGAUGCCCUUCGGCGUUAUUACUACCAAUAUCUUUCAUCUACCACUGAGGCUGCUGAGGAGAAAAUAUCCAUUCUUCGUGAAAACGAAGCACUAACGAAGGAUAGCGAAAGGCUCUGUGCUGAAAAGGACUCCUUGAUGAAGAGCAGGGACUUGGCUAAUAAUCAGGUUGCAUCUUUGAGGAAGUCUUUGGAAGCUGCUCACGUCGACAUAAAAGAGAAGGAGAAAAUGGUUCAAGACCUGAAGCAAACGCUGGAUGCCCAUAGGAAGGAGCUGAAUGACUGCAGAGCUGAAAUUACAGCCCUUAAGAUGCACAUUGAAGGGACUCAAUCAAGUAAACAGAUGUCUGUUGGAGAUACUGACGUGACCUCCCAGAUCAAUGAACACGAGAACUUUAAAGGAACUGAAUCUGUAACUACUACGCUAGUACCAGCAGAGAGUCUAACUAAGGACACACAGAAAGAUCAUAAAAAUAUUGAAAGUACUAUUGAAGUUACCCCAGGUCCAGAAGCACCAGUUUCUUGCUCAACUGCUUGGAGUGGUGGUUAUGGUAUUUCAGGAGAAGACAAUUCUGGCACACACACUUCUCUAGAAGAUAUAUCUGUUAAUGGCACUCCACAUGGAGCUGAUAAUAGCCAGGGGAAUUCAGGUAGCAUGUCUGUUUAUGUAUUGGAAGAUAAAGUUCAUACUGAGAAAUUAGAGAGUCCAAGUACACAAAAGUCGUCAGAUAAGAUGGCCUUGGAGACUAUCAAGAUAGUUUCAGAUGCUCUUCCAAAGAUUGUUCCUUAUGUGCUCAUAAACCAUCGUGAGGAGCUUCUUCCACUCAUCAUAUGUGCUAUAGAAAGACAUCCAGAUAGCGACGUACGGGAUUCCUUGACUCACACGCUGUUCAAUCUGAUAAAACGGCCUGAUGGACAACAGAGGCGCAUUAUAAUGGAUGCUUGUCUGGAGUUAGCCAAGAGUGUUGGUGAGAUGAGGACAGAGACUGAGUUACUACCACAAUGUUGGGAACAGAUAAAUCAUCAAUAUGAGGAGCGUAGAUUGCUUGUUGCUCAGUCGUGUGGAGAACUGGCAGUUUAUGUUCGGCCUGAGAUACGUGAUUCCCUUAUACUAUCUAUUGUGCAACAACUUGUCGAAGAUUCUGCAACUGUUGUAAGGGAGGCUGCAACACAUAACCUGGCCUUGCUGCUUCCUCUGUUUCCAAACAUGGAUAAAUAUUAUAAGGUUGAGGAGCUAUUGUUUCAGUUAGCAUGUGACCCUUCAGGUGUAGUUGUAGACGUUGCACUCAGGGAACUUGUUCCUGCAGUAGUAAGAUGGGGAGGUAAACUGGAUCAGAUAUUGAUAGUGUUACUGUCACAUAUCCUGGUAUCUGCUCAGCGUUGUCCACCCAUUUCAGGGGUUGAAGGUACAAUAGACUCUCAUCUCCGUGUUUUAGGAGAGCAUGAACGAUGGAACAUUGAGGUCCUCCUUCGGAUGCUGACUGAGUUGUUACCAUUUAUUCAUCAGAAAGCUCUAGAAACUUGUCCUUCACUUGACCCCUCUAUGCCAGAAAACUACUUGUCAGAAUCCAGGCUAAAGCUGUAUGCAACUGGUGACACAGAAUGGUCAGCAUUUGAGUGGAUGCACACCGAGUGCCUGCCAAAUUUGAUCAAGCUUGCGUGUUUGUUGCCUGCAAAAGAGGAUAGCUUAAGAACAGUGAUCACAAAGUACCUGUUGGCUGUAUCUGGACGCUACGGAAAAGAUUAUCUGGAGCACAUUAUGUUACCUGUAUUUCUUGUAGCAGCUGGUGAUAUUGAUAGUGGUGAUUUUACCUAUUUUCCUCUGUCAAUCCAGUCCAAAAUUCGUGGUUUGCGUCCAAAAACUUCUGUUGCUGAAAAAAUUGCGAUUAUAUGUGUCCUUCCAUUGCUGUUGUCUGGUAUUUUGGGUUCUCCUUCAAGUCGUCAACAGUUAGAAGAAUAUUUGAGGAAAAUACUUAUCCAAAACACAAAGGAUGGUUCAUUUUCUAUGCAUCACUCUGCUGAAAUAAUUGAUGCGAUCCGGUUUCUUUGUAUAUUUGAGGAGCACCAUGGAGUCAUCUUCAAUAUUUUGUGGGAGAUGGUUGUGAGCUCUGAUACCAAUCUAAAAACAAGUGCUGCAGCUUUACUGAAAGCACUUGUACCCUAUGUUGGCGUGAGAGUUGCAUCCACUCAUGUUUUGCCAGCGCUGAUUACUCUCGGUUCCGAUCAAAACUCGGCUGUAAAAUAUGCUAGUAUAGAUGCGUUAGGAGCUGUUGCUCAGCAUUUAAAAGAUGACAUGGUUGUUGACAAGAUACAUAUUCAAAUGGAUGCCUUUCUUGAAGAUGGAUCACAUGAAGCUACUAUUUCUGUCAUUCGUGCACUUGCAGUAGCUGUGCCUCAUUCAACAGAUAGACUACGUGAAUAUCUUUUAACCAAGAUAUUUAAACUGACAAGUGUCCCACCUAAUGGAAAUGAUAUUGAAUGGCGUCGUGAAAGAGCAAAUGUAUUCUGUGAAGCUCUGCGUGCUUUGGAUGCUACAGAUCUUCCUGCUACAAGUGUGCGUGAUCUACUUUUGCCCUCAAUACAGAACUUGUUAAAAGAUCUGGAUGCUCUUGACCCUGCACACAAGGAGGCACUAGAAGUUAUAGCCCGGGAAAGGUCAGGAGGUACGCUGGAGAGCAUCGGCAAGGCAAUGGGGGCACAUCUUGGGAUUGCGACAUCUGUCAGCAGUUUCUUUGGCGAGAGUGGUCUGCUUGGGAAGAAAGAGGGUGGAGAGCAGCACGACCCUGCUGCCCCUGCUCCUCCUCAGCCCAGCCUACAAUCUCAGCCGGAGAACACAAGGUUCGGUCGAAUAAUGAGGGGUGGGUUUGGAGACAUGUUACGAGGCAAAGCAAAAGGCAAUGAUGAACCCAGCUGAAAUUAUGAACGAAGUACACGCAAUUAAAGUUGUCAAAACUUAAAAGUUUACUUCUCACGCCCCCUUUUGUUUGUAGCUAUUCAGUAUGCCAUGAAUCGUUAAGGUUGAAAUUAUCUGUUCAGUGUUUGUAGUGAGGUUCAUAGUCAUGAGGAUGCGUGUUAGAGGUAGGGAAAAUGUGUCUCGUUUUUUUCUAUGAGAGGUGAUCCGACAAAUUUGA